AUGCGCAUUCCCGUAGAUCCCAGUGCCACGCGGAGGUUUAGCCCGCCGUCCAAUAGCCUCCAGCCGAUCCCGGCCAAGAUGAACGAGCUCAACACGCCGACCGGGACCGGGCAGCAAGACAGCACGGUGCCAAGGCUGCGCCUGCAGGAGAACCGCAGCAUGGCGGAGAUCAUAGCCGACCACCCGGCGGAGCUGGUCCGGACUGACAGCCCAAACUUCCUCUGCUCCGUGUUACCAUCUCACUGGCGGUGCAACAAGACGCUGCCCGUCGCAUUCAAGGUAAAUAACACUCUCUGUAUUACUUUAUACACUCUCCUUAUAUAUAUUUAUACUUUAUAUUAAAUAUAUCAAGGUAAAACACUGUUUACACUACUUUAUACUUCAAAUAUUUCAUGGGCCUACAUAGCAACUGGGAGAAAAAGGCUUACUGUGAAUGUCUGUACUUGGGGGGUUUGGGCUGUGAAAAUGAAUGUGUUUAUGUUUUUAUGAAAUAUUAGGCUAUUGCUCUGCCUUAAAAUUAGUUGUACAAAUUAUAUAAUUUAGAAUUUGUGUUAGGCCUAUUCCUAUAAUAUUUGUGUAGGCUAUAGCAGAUCUGCAGAUGUUUCUGUUUUAUUUCAACAGAUUUGGAUUUAGGAAAGUAGAGGCUAAAACAGACGAAGUAGCGUGCUUCUUUGGGGAUUUAAUUAACAAAGCGUUAUUGUGUAAAGCUGAUAAUUGGGAGCAGCGAGGCGUGGAAUGGAGAGAUGUUGUGUGUGUUGACUUUCAUCAACAACUGCAUAUUUUGAAACCAAUGUUCAUAUGAAACGUCUCUGUUAUUGUCUCAGCCGCUGGGAGACAGACAGACAGACAGACAGAUAGACAGACAGACAGACAGAUACUGGUGUUAUUCCUCACAGCGCCUUUAGAUAUUAUAUACACCUCACAAUUACUGGAAUAAUUAUACUGUUCACCACUCAAAUUAAACUCCGAAAUUGAUGGACAUUUUACAUAUUUGCUGUUCUAAUUGUAAUUAGAUUCGAAAACAUAAUUAAGUCAAAUGAAAUGCAGGCAUGCAGCUUCCAUAAUAUAUAGGGUAGCCUAAAUAAACAAUAAAAUAGAUGCGUUUGAUAAACAUAUUGCUAAAUUUUUCAAUUUAGGCCUAGAUAUUUUCCACAAUUAUACAUUUUAGUCAUUUAGCAGACGCUCUUAUCCAGAGCGACUUACAGUUAGUGAGAGCAUACAUUUUCAUACUGGCCCCCCGUGGGAAACGAACCCACAACCCUGGCGUUGCAAACGCCAUGCUCUACCAACUGAGCUACAGGGGAUUACAUUUAUACAAACUCAUCUGUUCCUUGUAAAUGUAUAUGAAUUAAUUACGGAUGUUGAUUUGCAUAUAGGCCUAGUGCAUUACUGGGUACACCAAAUUCAUAUAACCCAUCCUUUAUUUUUGCUGCGUAAAAAAUAAUAAACGAAAUGAACAAUAUAUGAAAUAAUUUUCAUCUGAUAAUGUUUUCUAUUUUUUCCCAUGAAUACCUUUUGCCGUUCUAGGUUUAUUAUUGACAAUGUCACCACAGGCCGACAUCGGCUGCAAAGGGGCCUGCUGAAUGCUGUUCAAAUACCUUUUCAUAAAACAUUAAUACAACUAACACUGAUAAAAAGAUGAAUCUGUAAAUUUAAACGAUCAUGUACUACCGAUCAUGUUUAUAAUAGUAUUUAUUUAGUGUUGACGAUACAUGGUAAUUUCAUUCAUCAUCAUAAACAUGGUUUUAAUUAUUAAUAUAACUGUUACCUGUAGGACUAAAGGUAGGCUGUAGUUCCACCCUAUAAUGAUCUUUAUUAUCCUGGAGUCAAGGUGAACAAUCAGAUGGUAGAUCUAGCCUUACACACUAUCAUGUUUAAACCGCCUACUCACUGACAUGAUGGAGCACAUAUUGACAUAUAUUUUGUUUGUUUUAAGUUUGAAAAUAGAUUUUAAAUUUAAAAAAAAAUUUUUUUAUAAUUUUGAGAAUGAAUUUAGGAUGAAUAGCAGAUUUGUAGAACUGAAUCUCAGUAAUAUUGUGUUAGUGUGAAGGCCAUAGCCUCAUCCCAACUACCUUUCUACUAAGUACAGGUCUAUUUACUACUAGAUUUACUAUUAAUAUUACUUUUCUUAUAUUUUAACCCUGCAUUGUUGGGAAAGGGCUUGUAAGCAUUUCACUGUUUAAGUUGACACCUGUUGUAUUCUGUGCAUGUGAUAAAUAAAAUGUCAUUUGGUUUGAUUUUAAAAGUGCUUAUGGAAACCUAUACCUUUAAACUAUCUUGGAUUGUUAAUUAAAUAAAAUAAACUGAAUUGUGAUAUACAUAAACACUACCAGUCCAAAGUUUUAGAUCAUCUACUCAUUCCAGGGUCUUUCUUUAUUUUUACUGUUUUCUACAUUGUAGAAUAAUAGUGAAGACAUCGAAACUAGGAAAUAACACAUAUGGAAUCAUGCAUUAACCAAAAAAGUGUUAAACAAAUCAAAAUAUAUGUUAUAUUUGUGGAAUUUCUUUCCUUCUUAAUGCGAUUGAGCCAAUCAGUUGUGUUAUCACAAGGUAGGCUGGGGGGGGGGGGGGGGGGGGGUAUACAGAAGAUAGCCCUAUUUGGUAAAAGACCAAGUCCAUAUUAUGGCAAGAACAGAUCAAAUAAGCAAAGAGAAACGACAGUCCAUAAUUAUUUUAAGACAGGAAGGUCAGUCAAUACGGAACAUUUCAAGAACUUUGAAAGUUUCUUCAAGUGCAGUCGCAAAAACCAUCAAGCGCAACAAUGAAACUGGCUCUCAUGAGGACAGCCACAGGAAUGGAAGAACCAGAGUUACUUCUGCUGCAGAGGAUAAAAUCAUUAGAGUUACCAGCCUCAGAAAUUGCAGCCCAAAUAAAUGCUUCACAGAGUUCAAGUAACAGACAUAUCUCAACAUCAACUGUUCAGAGGAGACUGUGAAUCAGGCCUUCGUGGUCUAAUUGCUGCAAAGAAACAACUACUAAAGGACACCAAUAAUAAGAAGAGACUUGCUUGGGCCAAGAAACACGAGCAAUGGACAUUAGACCGGUGGAAAUCUGUCCUUUGGUCUGGAGUCCAAAUUGGCGCUUUUUGGUUCCAACUGCCGUGUCUUUGUGAGCAUUCCAGGUGAAGCUGGUUGAGAGAAUGCCAAGAGUGUGCAAAGCUGUCAUGAAGGCAAAGGGUGGCUAUUUGAAGAAUCUCAAACAUAACAUAUAUUUUGAUUUGUUUAACACUUUUUUUUGUUACUACAUGAUUCCAUAUGUGUUAUUUCAUAGUUUUGAUGUCUUCACUAUUAUUCUACAAUGUAGAAAAUAGUAAAAAUAAAGAAAAACCCUUGAAUGAGUAGGUGUGUCCAAACUUUUGACUGGUAGUGUAUAUUUAAUAUAUUAAUGGAAUAAAUAUAACCAUGCCUCUAUUUGUUUCUCCCAGUAUCAGGUCAUUGUAAUGAGCGAUCUAAUGACAUAUUUCACCCCAAAACAGUGACAGACAUUUUCAGCAGUCAAAAACUGGUCUGAACUCAAGCUGAAUCCAUCUAAUAGGCAUAUCCCUUCUAAACGCAUCAGGAGAAAUCUACAGGCCUCAACCCCCCCCCCCCAAAAAAAGGCAAAGAUAUAAAAGUGAAAGAUAGGGACCAUGUAAUUUUGGGUUGAGGCUCAGUGUACCUGCUGUGCUUAGUCGUCUAUGACAUCCCAGCAUCCUCUCCUCCCCAGGUUGUGGGGUUGGGAGAGGUGACUGAUGGGACGGUCGUAACGGUGAUGGCGGGGAACGAUGAGAACUACUCGGCCGAGCUGCGGAACGCGUCAGGAGUGAUGAAGAACCAGGUGGCUCGCUUCAACGACCUGCGCUUCGUAGGCCGCAGCGGACGGGGUCAGUGUCUAUAUUAUCUAGAUCAGUAUCUAUAUCUCUACAUCUAUGUUAUUAUGGCCUGAGCUUUGUAGGAUGCAGCGGACGGGGUCAGUGUCUAUACUACCUACAGUUAUGUUAUUAUUCUGGAUCUAUAUCUAACUGAAUGUUGGCCGCAUGUUACUGUCUAUAUCUCUAUAUCGACGUAUAUAUUAUUAAAUCAUUAUUAUUAGAUCAAGAAAGCAACCCCCUAGUCUGCCUCAGAUAGUCAGUCAGCAAAACAAGCCACGUUCAACAGCGCUUGAUGAAACUAUGUCCUUUAAGAACCACGUUCAACAGCCCUUGAUGAAACUAUGUCCUUUAAGACCCACGUUCAACAGCCCUUGAUGAAACUAUGUCCUUUAAGACCCACGUUCAACAGCCCUUGAUGAAACUAUGUCCUGUAAGAGCCACGUUCAACAGCCCUUCAUGAAACUAUGUCCUUUAAGAGCCAACUAAAAAGCUUAAACUUAAUCUGGGAUUUUCUUUAGGAACAAGUCUUGUUUUCAUUUCAAGCUAGGAAAGACCUUGUUGCAGCCACUGUUUAGCCUUUGUUGGACUAUGGUGAUGUUCUGUACAUGAAUGCCAGAGGGUCCUACCUACACACACUAGACACACUCUACCAUGUUGCUCAUAGAUUUGUAACAAACACAACACCCUCCUUAACACUGAGGUUAAAGACUAACUGUUUGUCUACAAGGCCUUUUUAGGGAAGCUGCCAAUAUAUUUAAGCACUUUAUUCAACCUACAGACUAAUGGACAUAACAGUCUGAGAUCUCAAAACUGCAUUUUAUAAAAUAUUCCCAACACAAUAAUGGAGUCUGGAGUAGGAGUGCUUUUAGCUUUGCUGCCCAGUCAUUAUGGAACAUUUUACUAAAAUAUAUAAAAUGAGAUCAUUUUAUUCUGAUGAUGUCAUUCCUGGAUUGGAGGGCUGUUGACCACAUACAGUUGACUACAUACUGUUGACCACAUACUGUUGACCUGUUGACCACAUACUGUUGACAACAUACUGUUGACCUGUUGACCACAUACUGUUGACAACAUAAUGUUGACCACAUACUGUUGACCUGUUGACCACAUACUGUUGACAACAUACUGUUGACCUGUUGACCACAUACUGUUGACCUGUUGACCACAUUCUGUUGACCACAUACCGUUGACCUGUUGACCAAAUACAGUUGACCACAUACUGUUGACAACAUACUGUUGACCUGUUGACCACAUACAGCUGACCACAUACUGUUGACCAGUUGAACACAUACUGUUGACCACAUACUGUUGACCUGUUGACCACAUACUGUUGACAACAUACUGUUGACCUGUUGAACACAUACUGUUGACCUGUUGACCACAUACUGUUGACCACAUAAUGUUGACCUGUUGACCACAUACUGUUGACCACAUACUGUUGACAAUAUACUGUUGACCAAAUAUUGUUGACCACAUACUGUUGACCUGUUGACCACAUACUGUUGACCUGUUGAACAAAUACAGUUUACCACAUACUGUUGACAACAUACUGUUGACCACAUACUGUUGACCUGUUGACCACAUACUGUUGACAACAUACUGUUGACCGGUUGAACACAUACUGUUGACAAUAUACUGUUUACCAAAUAUUGUUGACCACAUACUGUUGACCACAUACUGUUCACCACAUACUGUUGAACUGUUGACCACAUACUGUUGACCACAUACUGUUGACCUGUUGACCACAUACAGCUGACCACAUACUGUUGACCUGUUGAACACAUACUGUUGACCACAUACUGUUGACCUGUUGACCACAUACUGUUGACAACAUACUGUUGACCUGUUGAACACAUACUGUUGACCUGUUGACCACAUACUGUUGACCACAUAAUGUUGACCUGUUGACCACAUACUGUUGACCACAUACUGUUGACAAUAUACUGUUGACCAAAUAUUGUUGACCACAUACUGUUGACCUGUUGACCACAUACUGUUGACCUGUUGACCAAAUACAGUUUAGCACAUACUGUUGACAACAUACUGUUGACCACAUCCUGUUGACCACAUACUGUUGACAACAUGCUGUUGACCGGUUGAACACAUACUGUUGACCUGUUGACCACAUACUGUUGACAACAUACUGUUGACCUGUUGACCACAUACUGUUGACCUGUUGACCACAUACUGUUGACCACAUACUGUUGACAAUAUACUGUUGACAAAUAUUGUUGACCACAUACUGUUGACCACAUACUGUUCACCACAUACUGUUGAACUGUUGACCACAUACUGUUGACCUGUUGACCACAUACUGUUGACAACAUACUGUUGAACUGUUGACCACAUACUGUUGACCUGUUGACCACAUACUGUUGACAACAUAAUGUUGACCUGUUUACCACAUACAGUUGACCACACACUGUUGACCGGUUGAUCACAUACUGUUGACAACAUACUGUUGACCUGUUGACCAAAUACAGCUGACCACAUACUGUUGACCACAUACUGUUGACCUGUUGACCACAUGCUGUUGACCUGUUGAGCACAUACUGUUCACCACAUACUGUUCACCACAUACUGUUGACCUGUGGACCACAUACUGUUGACCACAUACUGUUGACCACAUACUGUUGAACUGUUUACCACAUACUGUUGACAACAUACUGUUGACCUGUUGACCACAUACUGUUGACCUGUUGAUCACAUACUGUUGACCACAUACUGUUGACCUGUUGACCAAAUACAGUUGACCACAUACUGUUGACCACAUACUGUUGAACUGUUUACCACAUACUGUUGACAACAUACUGUUGACCUGUUGACCACAUACUGUUGACCUGUUGACCACAUACUGUUGACCACAUACUGUUGACCACAUACUGUUGACCUGUUGACCACAUACUGUUGACCACAUAUUGUUGACCUGUUGACCACAUACUGUUGACUUGUUGACCACAUACUGUUGACUACAUAUUGUUGACCACAUACUGUUGACCACAUACUGUUAACAUGUUGACCACAUACUGUUGACCACAUACUGUUAACAUGUUGACCACAUACUGUUGAAAACAUAUUUGUUUACCUGUUGACCACAUACUGUUGACCACACACUGUUAACCACAUACCGUUGACCACAUACUGCUGACCUGUUGAUCACAUACUGUUGACUACAUACUGUUGACCACAUACUGUUGACCUGUUGACCACAUACUGUUGACCACAUAUUGUUGACCUGUUGACCAUAUACUGUUGACUUGUUGACCACAUACUGUUGACCACAUACUGUUGACCACAUAUUGUUGACCACAUACUGUUGACCACAUACUGUUAACAUGUUGACCACAUACUGUUAACAUGUUGACCACAUACUAUUGAAAACAUAUUUGUUUACCUGUUGACCACAUACUGUUGACCACACACUGUUAACCACAUACCGUUGACCACAUACUGCUGACCUGUUGAUCACAUACUGUUGACUGCAUACCGUUGACCACUUACUGUUGACCUGUUGACCACAUACUGUUAACCACAUAAUGUUGGCCACAUUAUGUUGACCCCAUACUUUUGAACUGUUGACCACAUACUGUUGACCACAUACUGUUGACCUGUUGACCACAUACUGUUGACCACAUGCUGUUGACCACAUACCGUUGACCUGUUGACCAUAUGCUGUUGACCACAUAUUGUUGACCACAUAAUGUUGACCUGUUGACUACAUACUGUUGGCUACAUACUGUUGACCUGUUGACCACAUACUGUUGACCUGUUGACCACAUACUUUCUACCUGUUGACCACAUACUGUUGUCCUGUAGACCAUAUGCUGUUGACCACAUAUUGUUGACCACAUAAUGUUGACCUGUUGACUACAUACUGUUGGCUACAUACUGUUGACCUGUUGACCACAUACUGUUGACCACAUACUGUUGUUCUGUUGACCACAUGCUGUUGACCAUAUACUGUUGACCUGUUGACCACAUACUGUUGACCACAUACUGUUGACACCAUCCUGUUGACCUGUUGACCACAUACUGUUGACCUGUUCCCACAUACUGUUGACCUGUUGACCACAUACUAUUGACCUGUUGACCACAUACUGUCGACCUGUUGACCACAUACUGUUGACCACAUACUGUUGACCUGUUGACCACAUACUGUUGACCACAUACUGUUGACCUGUUGACCAGAUACUGUUGACCACAUACUGUUGACCACAUACUGUCGACCUGUUGACCACAUACUGUUGACCCAUUGAACACACACUGUUGACCUAUUCAUCACACACUGUUGACAUGCUGACGACAAACUGUUGACUACAAACUGUUGACCUGUUGACCACAUACUGUUAACCAGUUGACGACAUACUGUUAACAUGUUGACCACAUACUGUUGACCUGUUGACCACAUAUGUGACCAACCGCCUUUAUUCAGUCUUAUGUAGCAACAUUUGAAAUGUUUUUUUUUUUACAUUGGAUAAAAGCAGAGACAGAGUGCUACAAAAUGGUAUAUCAUACUCUGCCUUUGAGGAACAAUGGGAAAGUAAUUCUGCUUUUAAAGUUGAUCAACUUGUAAUUCCACAUUUGAGAAAAUGGCCUUUCAAUAUUUUGGUACCUACUGGAGAGCUCUUCUUUGUCUACACCCAUUCAGCAUCGUUCACACCCUCUUAUGCUUUAGCCCCACCCAUCUCAUUUCGCUCUGGGAGCAUUCAGAACGCACACUGGACGCUCUGGCCAAUGAGUAGGGUUGAUCAGAGCUUUCUGACCUCACAAUGGCAGUCAAACACCCAAGCUAACUGGCUAACAUUGGCUAGCUUGCUAGCCACUUCCAGACAGAAAUUAGAAAACACCCCACUGACCAUUUUACUUGCCCUAGCAGAGCUUGUUAGGCUGUUUUCAUGUUAUCCAGAGCGUUGGUGACUGUAACUGUGCUGCUGGCAACAAUUUAAUUAUGCAUUUUUGCCGACGUUUACUGACACCUGCCAUAUUCAACGCGUGUUGAGCAUUCGGAAAUUCAUCAGUUAUUCUGCGCUCUGGCAUACUCAGACUGAAUUUACAAACGCACCCGAAAUGGUUACCUGCAUAGUGGAGUCUUUUGUUAAGACAUGUAGCUAGCUAGCUAGGUAAACAAUGAACCAUAAUCCCAACUCAUGACGUUACUACCCUGCAUGAAUCUGCAGGUAGCUAA